AUGGUUGGGGCAGUCGGCAUGGUGUUGGCGGUCCGCAUGGUGGUGGUGGUCCGCAUGUUUGGCGGUGUUCCGCAAGGUGGUGGUCCGCACGUUGGUGGUUCGCACGGUGGUGGUGGUCCGCACGGUGGUGGUGGUCCGCAUGGUGGUGACGGUCCACAUGGUGGUGGCGGUCUGCAUGGUGGUGGCGGUCCACAUGGUGGUGGCAGUCCGCAUGGUGGUGGCGGUCCACAUGGUGGUGGCGGUCCGCAUGGCGGUUGCGGUCCGCAUGGCAGUGGUGAUCCGCAUGGUGGUGGUGGUCCGCAUGUCGGCGGUGAUCCGCAUGGUGGUGGUGGUCCGCAUGGUGGUGAUUGUCCGCAUGGUGGUAGUCCGCACGGUGGUGGUCCGCACGGUGGUGGUCUGCAUGGUGGUGGUGGUCCGCAUGGUGAUGGUGGUCCGCACGGUGGUGGUGGUCCGCAUGGUGGUGGUGGUCCGCAUGUUCAAUAUCCAUGCACAUAUGACACAUCAGGUUCAACAGUGUGUCCCAAUAUUUAUUGA